CAGUGUGACGGACAGGUGUCGACCUGGACACGCCCCCUGUCGCGGGCUCACCUGCACGUUUGAGGCAGACGAGCGCAGCGACAGUAACGACACAGUUCAGAAUCUCGGUUUCCCACUGUGACUUUACCCAUUUUUUACAAUUCAUCUUUGUCCAACGCGAGCGAUUUAUGGACACAGCUUUUUGCUAGUCAACGGCGCCGCCAUGUUCUCUGUAAUCAGCAGACAAUUUGGAACAAAUCUCACCCAUUAAAGCAACGCAUUUUCUCAGCUUCUCCCGCUGAUGGCCUUCAUCCGUCAGCUCAGGCUCCUUCUCUGGAAGAAUGGGCUGGGUGCCCUCCGCAAUCCACUAUGGGCACUGACCCUGAUCGUUUGGCCUGUGCUCAUCUUCGCCAUCCUGGCUGCGACCCGCAUCCGCUUCCCCCCAGUGAUACGAGACACAUGUUAUGUGGGCCCCCGAAACUUGCCCAGCACUGGCUUCUUCCCAUUUCUGCAGACCCUCAUGUGCAACACAGACAGCAUCUGUUACAACAAAUCAGUGGCAUCGUCCUCAAGCUCAGGUCAAUGGAAAACAUCAAGGUCACAUAAAAGUUCAGCAGCAUCGCCUUUGACAAAAAUCUUUGCAUCCAACAUCGAAAUACCGUAUAAGAAACAGUCCUACAAAGAAGUUGUGGCCAUCUUAGACACCAUGAAAAACAUCAUAGGUUCAUCUGAACAAAGGCGUGCUGAUCAAAUCUCUGCCAUGAGAGGAAACAACUCUGCUGUUCUAGGAGAUCAGUAUGAUCGGAAAAUGAUGGUUGAAACGGCCAAUCAAUUGAAAAUGGCCGUCUGCACACCUGCGCUCAACACCAUGAACACAACCUCAACCAACCACCUCACACAAGGGAUGAUCCUGUACUGCAGAACCAAUGCAACCCUUGCAGAGACAGUCAUCGCAGUUGUCAACAAGAUGCUGUCAGAAAAGAUGCUGACGAAGCCAGAAGAGAUCCUAGCACUGGCUGGGGCCACUCUGAGCGUGUUAAGUGAGCUACAAAAUCAUACCUCACUGUGGGAAGGUCUUCUUGGAAUCACAAACCUCACGGAUGAAGCCAACACGCUGCAUACCUUGGAAGCGUUGGCUAUCGGCUUACAAAGUACCCUGCAUGCUCUUGAAAGAAAUGUCCCGGGAAGUCAGGAAACUCUGUCAGCCUUUCACCCAAUUCUCACUGUUGGCAUCAAUGUGAUCAACUAUGUCAAAAAUUGGCCUGGCCACGAACUGCACGUGAAUGUUGCAGAUGUAUUGAGGGACGACGGCACAAUGACUGACAUGGUUAAGAUGUUUUUGCAAUGUGGGAAGAUUCCACUGGACCAGGCAAUCGUUUUGGCAUUUGACAAAACACUAGUGUGUUCCUACCUGUGCAACAACACCAACUUCAUGGGCUCGACGUUGUGCAAGAUAGGCGCCGUGGACAAGGUCAUAGACAUGAUCAGCGACGAGAAGCUGGCCAAACAGGUUCUUAAUGUUUGGAGUAAGCACAGUGCGGAGUCUGACAUUGAAUUUUUCAUGGGGCAAGUCCACAGCCUGAUGGGAGGACAGGCCUUGGGAGGGAACAGAGGUUCCAAAGUCAGGGCCCGGCGGAGUGCGGAAACCCAAUCACUGAGCAUCGAUGAAGAACUAUUCUUGAACGUUGGGAAAGUGGUGCUGCGGGUCUUGAAGAUGGUCCCAGAUGCGAACAUGGUGGUGAAAAACAUUCUGAAAAUCGGCUACUGGACAAUGAACACUGCAACAUCUGGCCUGAAUUUUGCCAAAGGCAUGCUGCAGGGAGGAUGGGUGGAUGCAGAACAACUGGAUGUAAUUGGAGAAGUUAUGGACGUGUUUCUCAAGGUGCUGAUGGAUAAACCUGUAACAUGUGAGGACGUAAUGGCUCCUUUAGAAGACCUGUUGGCGGCCCACAACAUGACCAUGGAGUUCAAGCUCAUCUGCCAGGACCCUUCAAAUGUGCUGCAUUUUCUACUGGAAGACUGGGAGCAUGUACUUGCCCUGAUAAAUAACAUCACAAUGGAGGAAGACGAUGACACGGGCGUAUCCCUCCCCAUGAUUCUCUCUGCGUGGCACAAGCUGUAUGCAGGUGCAUCUGAGACUGUAUGGUUCCUGUCUAACUUGGUCACAGAGCUGAGUGGGAAUGAGUCCAUGAGCUGGAUCCCAGGAAGCGACGCCACUAUGGCUGACACUCUUCAUCACAGUGUUUUGCAACUUAUGGUGAGUUCUGGACAAAAUCUUGAGCAGAGUGACCAGUGGCCGAUGGUGAAAGACUACUUUCACAUGGCUGACUUGGUUCUGAAGUACGAGCCUGGGGAAACAACACAUCCACCAAACUGUUCCCUUGAUCUUGAGACCAUGGCCGUCCACUGUAACAGUCAUUUGAACUGGCACACUUUCAGCGGUGGAAUUUCACGAGUUCUGAUGUCCCCAAGCCCAGACACGCUAUUGAGUUUGCUCAAAGGAACUGUGGUGCUUCUACAGAACAUCUUUGGUGACACUUUAAGCCAUUUAGCAGCACAAAAACUGCCGCGACAAAUCCCAGGCGGAAAGCUGUUCUCAGACUUCUUGUUGGACCUCAUGGAGAAUGUUCACGACUUGGUCUCCUACAUCGCCAUGAGUACCAACCAAAACACAGCCAACCCACACGUCAUGAUGAAUGUCACGAAAGAGAAGCUUCAGUCCAGUGGUCUGGCCCUGUUUUUCCCUCUGUUCUCUGGCGAAAGGCCUCCUUCUUUCUCUGAUGUUCUGGAGGCGACAGCAAAGUUUGGGAGGCUGAACCAGCGCAUUUUUGAUUUUGAUGAAGCAGAUACUGCAGUGAAGAUGGAGCUGGAGCGGCUGAUGACGAUGUUCCUCUCCCUGGAGGGGAACCUGGGAUUGUCUGUUUCUCACAUGAUGGGAACUUACCUGGUUAAAUAUGGUUUCCACUUGUAUCCUAAUGCAGUUGAGCAUUUAAUAGAAGCCCCUUUAACCAACCAAACCACAGUAGCUAUUUUAGAGACCAUCCUCAAAGCCAUAGAGUCGAUGAGGACUGUGAUAGAUUCCAAGGAUGACAACCCAACUCAAGUGGUCCUCCAUUACAUCAGGCAACUUGAAUGCAUCAUGAUGAAUCUGAUCAAGCUGCGUCAAAUUGAAAAAGCCCCUAACGGAUCAAUGAGUGAGACCGAACUGAACUCCCUCUUGAACAUCUCUCAAUACCUGACUCCCAUGGGCAUGCAGAUGCUCUCUCAAGCCAGGCCAGAUGAUUCACAGAAAAUCAUUUUAGAUCUUCUCCACAAAGUGCUUCCCAAGGUCAUCCAGCAGAGAAUACCUCCCUUAAUCCAGGAUUUCACUGAGCUGCAAUAUCAGUUGACUUCUUGUGAAGAUGUGACAAGAUGUUCUGUCGGAAUCAUGAAAAUCUUCACUCACCUGGAGCAAGUCCUGAACAUGGUCCUUUCUUCCAACAUCACACUCAAAAUCACUGGACCGGACCUGUCUUCUGGUGAGGAAGGAUUCCAAGACAUGGCAGAGCAUCUGUUCUCACUUUGUCUAACACCUGAGGAUCCUAUCUCUGUGGAAACAUUCAAAAAAGUCCUUCAUGCGGUCAAGAUGAUCAAUGCCACGUCAAACGUGUCAUUGUCAGAAAUCCAGCAUGUUCUGCAACAGUUAAAUCUAACAAUGGAAGAGCUGGAAUACCUCACUUCAGUUCUCGGAGAUGUCAAGGUGAACGACCUGAUAGAGAGGGUGAUGCAGACACCGAAUGUUCUCAUGUGCUUUGAAGAGGAUGAGGAUCCCGACAUGAUGAGAAAAUGUGUUGUUGAAAUGAUGGCACAAUAUGCCACUUUCCUGCUAAAGCUACCUGCGCUCUCUGAUCACAAAGCAGUUGUGUUGUCCAUCCCGUCAACCAUCAACCAAACGCUCCUUCAGCUCCUGCACAUGAAUCCCAUCACACAAACCUCACUUGUCCGCACUCUGCACAAAAUCCUCAAUAAUAUCAAGACAAAUCUCCAGCUUUCCAAUAUGUACACACCGGACGUCAAGAGAGAAUUUGAAAUGCUCGAGAAUCUGAUGAAAGUGGCCGGCGACCCCAAACCUCUGCAUCAUAUCCUCAACAUCACCUCAACACCUGACGUCGUGGAUGCCAUGGAGCAAUGGUUGGAGGUUAUUCAGUGGUACCUGAUGAAGCUGGAGAAAGCCACUGCCAGCAGCUCCACUGCUGAACUCCUCCACCCAACUCUCAGCAUCAUACAAAUGAAUGUAGCCCAACAACUGGCACAAUCCCGUUUCAGCAUCUUCGUCAGCAACAAAAUCGAGCACUUGAGAGAAAGUCUGGAGUAUCCUCUGGAUGACGAAGGGGUGCAUAAAAUCGGCCAAACUGCUUUCGCGAUUGUCCAAGGUCUUUUUAACUUCAUCAACGUCAGCCUACAAAACCAGGAUGAGUUUUACCAAACCAACUGGGCAGAACCGCUGUUGAAUUCAACGGCGGAAAUUGAGCACUUCCUUCAUGGGAUGCGUUACUGGUUGCAAAACCCCAAUGUCACGAUGACACUUGCUCAAAUGUUUCAGUGGGAUAACUCCUCAAAUCCAUCCAUGCCUCUGAUGGACAUCAACCAUUUACUGCAGACGAUGGACUUAUUCCUGACCAGUGAGGAUUCUGUAGUUCUUCACCACAUCCUCAACAUCAUUGAAAACCUCAACAGGGCCAUAAUGAUAGCAGACAAUCUCGGUGACCAAGAGAUGGACCAACUUUCGGCUCCUAUCAUGGAAGCACUUAAAAAUGCUUUCCACCUGCUGCCAGCCGUUGACCUCCCACAGCAGAAGAUUAUGGAAAUUGUUCAGCACUCAUUGAAGCUCUUUCUCCUGCCGAACAUGAGCUUUCCAGAGUCCGUCAACACUUGGAUGCACAUUCUCACCAAAGGUGAAGAGCUUGUGGAGGAGACCUUGCCGGAACAUCUUGCUGUUUACCCGAAGGCUCUGAUCAUCGUUGCAAAGACUUAUUUCAAGGGAAUCAAGGAAAACACUGGACCAGACACCAUCAAUAUGUUGAUUUUGGAUGAAAUGAUGGCUGUCAAACGUCUCCUUCCGCCACACAGCGCCGCCCAGGAGGUAGUUUCUGGUCUCAUUAAGGUCUAUGACUCCGUCCUGCAGCCACAGAAAGGAAACAAGUGUCCAUGGGAGCAAUUAAGAAACCUAACAUCACUCAACGUGACAGCCAUAUUUGAGCACGUGGAUGACGUCAUGAAAAUGCUUUGGCCCCUUCUCGGAUUCAACACUACCAUUCCGUUGCAGCUCUCUGACCUCCCACACCAGGAGGUUAUGGAAAUUGUUCAGCACUCAUUGAAGCUCUUUCUCCUGCCGAACAUGACCUUUCCAGAGUCCGUCAACACCUGGAUACACAUUCUCACCAAAGGUGAAGAGCUUGUGGAGGAGACCUUGCCGGAACAUCUUGCUGUUUACCCGAAGGCUCUGAUCGUCGUUGCAAAGACUUAUUUCAAGGGAAUCAAGAAAAACACUGGACCCGACACCAUCAAUAUGUUGAUUUUGGAUGAAAUGAUGGCCGUCAAGCGUCUUCUGCCGCCACACUGCGCCGCCCAGGAGGUGGUUUCUGGUCUCAUUAAGAUCCUUCACUUCGUCCUGCAGCCUCAGAAAGGAAACAAGUGUCCAUGGGAGCACUUUAGAAAUCUAACAUCAGACAACAUGACAGCCAUAUUUGAACACAUGGAUGACUUCAUGGAAAUGCUUUGGCCCCAUCUUGGAUUCAACACUGCCCUUCCAUUACAGCUCUCUGACCUCUCUGAGUUUAUUCCCAUCAUUGAACAAAUGCUGAAGGGCGAGGUUGACCACGAGACAUGGGAGGAACUGGAAGACGUGCUGGAAGUGCUGCUUUCCACCUUCCUACAGCCAGAGCACUGGCACAACGCAUCAUUUGUUGUGCACCAGUUCAGAAAAGUGGCGGAGCGUCUGCUCAAGAACAUGCAAGCUGAGAAUGACAUGAUUCAAAGCCUACAGAUGCCUGUGAUGAUGCUUAUAAAAGAAGUGGCACAUUCUUUGAACUCCAGCCAUUUAAUGUUCUCAGACUUCUCAGGGAAGAUGAGGAAGGCCAUCGAGCAGACGCUGGAGGCAGCGCAGCAGACAAACAGGACUUUGGAGUGCAGUGAAGCGGUGAAAAUAUGGGAGCCAGUGGGUUUAAACCACAGCGGCCUGGCUAUGUGGUGCGAGACAUACCUGCAGAAUGUUCUAGAAGCCUAUGAAGAAUCAGAUACUGUGUACAGCGGGCUAGGCAUGAAGAACAUGGAUGAGAAACCGAUGACUGCCGGCCGUAUGGCGUCGACCAUUGUCAACGGCCUUCACUCUCUUUACCAAGUCAACAUGAACCGCUCUGCUUUGUCAGAGCGGUUCAUCGCAGCUGUCAGUUUUGAGCUCUCUACACUGAUGGGCAAACCUAUGAGCCCCAGUGCACAACGGCACUUGUAUGAACAGCUCCAGGAAAUGUUGCCGCAAGAGAGUUUGUUUGCCGUGGAAAUGAUCUUCGCUGAGCUGGUGUCCAUGGCUCCGAUGUACGAGCCGCACUUCAAGGCGGUGCAGAAGGCCCUGGACCACAUCCUUAAAAAUGGUCAGCUCAUGCAAAACGGGAGCCUGUCUGAAGACCUUCUUGAAGAGGCUGUUAUGAUCUUACUUCACUCCGCCAACAUCACCGCGGAGGACUUGAUGCCCCUGUGGGACAAGUUGCAGGCAAACCACACAGAUUCGUACAUGCAGAUCAUCAGAACUGUGAUGAAACUGAUGAUGGAUCUGGGCUUGUUCAAGGAUGUGCCGAUGGGUGAGAAGCAGAUACACAAAUUUUUGGGAUCCGCCACCACAAAAAGGAUGAUAAAGAAUGCGUUGGAGAUGGUUUCGUGGUGGAUGACCACAGAAGACUUUGGACUGGAUCUGUUGAUGGAUGCCGUGCCCAAAAUGUUUGACAUCAUUAAACAGUUCUUCUCAGCUCUCAGUGAGAUGGGCAUGGAUGUCCCCUGCUUGGAAAUGUAUAGCCCCCUCAUUAAAAAUACAGUUGCAGUGCUGAGGCAGUUGAUCAGAACCAGCAGUCUUCUGGAUAUGAUGGAGCAGAGUAUGCAUCCACAGCAAGAGGCAGCGAGUACAGACGUUCAACAGUUCUGGCGACAACACAAAGAGCCACCAAAGUAUCCUAGGGUCCCAAUGGACGACUUCAUUGACCUAUUUUCCAUCAACUACAAGCAUUUGUUUGAAGCUCUCAGUGUCCCUCCAACCACGGGUGAAAUGAUCGAAACUGUUCAUAAGUUCUUUGCACAUCCAGACCUGACUAUUGUGAUGAACGGCUUAUUAAGAGAAGUCUCCUGGGACAUGAGCCCACCAACAGAAAUGACCAUCAACGCUUCCAUCGGCGUCAUCUCCUACCUCACCAGUUCGGAUAUGACUGAAGUGUCAUUUUUGCAUCCCUUACUGAAAGCUAUGGAAAUGCUGCCUGAUGAACUUCCAUUUGCUCCGAGUCUCAGAUAUGUGGCUGCUCUUCUUGCCAGUGAAGCUCAUGAGAUCCAGGCGAUCAUGAAGACAAUAAUGGAGUUCCUGGAGAUGGGCAUGGCUGACCCAAAUCCCUCGCAGAUUUGGGACAAAAUCACCGCACAGGUGUGCAUGCUGGAGAAAAAAGAGUCGGUGCAGGACGUGAUGUCUUCUUUAUCCCUGGAGCCCGGACUUGUGUGUGAGGUUGUGCUGCCGGUGCUACAGAUGAUGAUCAAAAUCAGGAGCAUAAAUACAUCUGAGCUCAUGGAGGCCUUGUUCGAGACUGUCAUCGGGGACCCUGCCACCUAUAAAGUCGAAGCAAACUGGACUUCUGUGAUCAGCCAAAGUAUGGGUUUCAACCACUCCAACUUUUUUGGCUUCAACGCAACAUCCCAGACUACAAUAAGUGUUGGCGGGUUGAUGAAAAAUGAGAGCGCUUUCAUUGACGACAUCAACAAGUACAUCGAUCUCCCUCCGGCUGCUCUUCGUGUGCUGACGACAACAAAGCUACCCAGAAACAAUGUCCAGAUCCUUGGUUGGUUGGUCAACCUUCGUCACUGCCCCGCCGGAGAAGACUUGAAAAUGGAGGAGAAGGAUAGAGCCCUGUUUACAUGCUUUUGCAAUAUGAACGUGGGCGAGUGGUACAGCUUCACAAUGGUGAUGGCUCAUCACGUGGACUUGGAGAAAUUCGUCUACAGAAUGGUUUUGUCUGAGGACAUGCAGAACAUGGUGACAGUCAUGCUGAAGGUGGUUGACAUGAUUGUGAAGAUGAUGGACGAGAUAAUGCCCUCUGUCAAUGAGCUGCAUAGUUACCUGAUCUCUUUGAAAGACCUCAACCUGGGCCCCCAAUUUCAUCAGAUGUCCAGACGGGAGAGGCGGGACAUUUCUGCCCAGGCCACCUUCGUCACCCUCUCACGGGCGUUGUGCCGCCAUGGAAUCGUGGCUCUGAUGGGGAUUUCUAAACUCCCUAUGAGUUCACACUCCCAAUGGUUGAGCAGCCAAGAGAAGGAAGAGCUGAUCGACAGGUUCAAGAUCCCACGAAACGCCACUCCGUACUGCACCAACAUGUACUUGGAGAUGGUCGGUACUACCGGAGGAGCCAUCGCGUGGGCCUUCCUCAAGCCAAUGCUGAUGGGGGAGAUCCUGUACACCCCAGACACGCCUGUCACCAGAGCCAUAAUGCAGAAGUCCAACAGCACUCUGCAUGAAUUUGCAAACCUGAGAAAGUACUCUGAGGAGUGGAUUGAGUCAUCCAACUACAUCCUGAAGUCUGCCAAACUUCUCAGUCAGACUCUGCCGUUGCUGCAGAAUUCUCUGGGGAACAGGUUUGUGAAGAACUUUAUUGAGAUGCAGACUGACAUUGAUGUAGGCAGAAUGAAGGAAACGCUCAACAGCUUCUCCAACCUGACAAAGAUGCUGGAGGAGAACAAAGAGAUGGUGAAUCAGGUCACUGCCCUGUCCACCCUGAUGGUCAACAUCUCCUCCUGCAUAACGUUUGAUCGCUACCGAGGCUACGACUCUGAGGAGCAGCUGGACGCCAAGGCUCAGGAGCUCGCGAAGGACCGAAGACUCUUUGGAAGUGUCAUUUUUAAACUGCCUAAAAACGGUGACUCUUCUGCCACACUGCCGCCCAAAGUCCCCUACACCAUCCGUAUGCACAUGGACAACGUGAUGCGCACAGACAGAACUCGGAGGCCUUUCUAUUCCAAAGAACGGCACCUGACCUCCUCGAUGUCCUAUCGCUACAACCGGGGCUUCGUGUACCUGCAGGAGAACAUUGAACGUGCCAUCAUUGAGACCCACACUGGACAGAGAGUGACGGAUCCUGCCGUGCAAAUUCAGCCUUUCCCAUAUCCUUGUCAUUUCCGUGAUGAAUACCUGGAGGCCAUCUCUUUUGUCUUCCCGCUCAUGCUGAUGAUCGCCUGGAUUCUGUUCGUGGCGGAUUUUGUGAGGAAGUUGGUUUAUGAAAAAGAGCUGCGACUGCAUGAGUACAUGAAGAUGAUGGGGGUGAAUCCUCUCAGCCACUUCUUCGCUUGGUUCCUGGAGUGUGCGGCUUACCUGGUCUUCACCAUCAUCAUCCUCACUCUGGUGUUGAAACACAGCGGCAUCCUCUCCAACAGUGACGGGUUCCUCCUCUUCCUGUUCCUCUGUGACUACGGUCUGAGCAUCGUGGCCUUCAGCUACCUGGUCAGCUCUUUCUUUGACCGGAACUACAUCGCCGGUCUCAGUGGAAGCCUGCUCUACAUCCUCGCCUUCUUCCCUUACAUUGUGGUCAUGGCCCUGGAGGGCAAGCUCACCUUCUCCCAAAAGAGCCUCAUGAGUAUAUUUUCCCCCACCUGCUUCAGUUACGCCAGCCAGUAUAUGACUCGCUUUGAAGCGCAAGGAGACGGGAUUCAGUGGAGCAACUCCUACACUUCCCCCAUCGCCGGAGAUGAUUCCUCCUUCGGCUGGCUGUGCUGGCUGAUGCUCAUUGACUCCGUCCUCUACUUCACCAUAGGGGCCUACAUCCGUGCUGUGUUUCCUGGAGCUUAUGGCAUCCCUGCGCCGUGGUACUUCCCCUUCCAAAAGUCUUUCUGGACCGGCAUGUUCUGCAGCUCGCCGUCACAAAAGAAAGGCUCAAGCGGUCUCCUCUUCUUCAACAUCAUGCAGGAGAACCAUUCCGUCCUCUCGGAUACUAAAGGGAAAGGCCAAAGCUCUCUUUCCACCCAAGAAGGUGGAGAUUUCUCUCAUCUCCCUGUGGGCGUCACCCUCCACGGUCUCACCAAAGCCUAUGGCGACCGAGUGGCCCUUGAAAACCUCAACCUUACCUUCUAUGAGGGUCAUGUGACGUCCCUCUUGGGUCACAACGGAGCCGGCAAAACCACCACCAUGUCUCUCCUCACUGGUCUGUUCGCCCCCUCCGCUGGCUCUAUUCAAGUCUACGGCAAAGACAUGCAGUCCAAUCUGGAUGAAGUUCGGCAAGACCUGGGCGUGUGCAUGCAGUAUGAUGUCCUGUUUUCCCACAUGACCACAAAGGAACACCUCCUGCUGUAUGGCCAGAUUAAAGCGCCCCAGUGGUCUAAACGAGAACUGCGUGAGCAAGUGAGAACGAUCCUGGAGGAGACAGGCAUGUACGCUCACAGACACAAGAAGGUUGGCACCCUGUCGGGCGGGAUGAAGCGCAAGCUGUCAAUCUCCAUCGCCUUCAUUGGGGGCUCCCGCUUGGUUGUGCUGGAUGAACCCACCACAGGAGUUGAUCCUUGUUCCAGACGCAGCAUAUGGGAAAUUGUAAUCCAGCAUAAGAAAAACCGCACCAUCAUCAUGUCCAGCCACCACCUGGAUGAGGCCGAAAUCCUCAGUGACAGGAUCGCCUUCCUGGAGAGGGGAGGUCUGAAGUGCUGUGGGACCCCCUACUACUUGAAAGACAAGCUGGGACACGGCUACAAACUCACUCUCACGAAGAAGGUCCAGAGCUUCGAGUCCCAGUCCUUCGACAGUGCGGAGAUAAAGAGCUUUAUCCAAGCCCACGUUCCUGAAGCCCAUCUAGUGGAGUCGCAGGGGGGCGAUUUGGUCUAUUCACUGCCCCCCUUCACCUCAGCAAACUCCUCGUCGUACCGCUCACUUCUGACUGCGCUGGACGCCAAUCUGGAUUCCCUGCAUCUGGGCGGCUACGGCAUCUCUGACACAACCUUGGAGGAGGUUUUCCUGCAGCUGACUGAGGGAACCGCAGAUUUGACGUCGGAGGACACAUUACUGACCGUCUCUGAGUCCAUGUCAGACACUGGAUCCAUCAACAGUUUUCCCGAAGAGCUCAGUGGAAACUUCUCCAGCUACAAUGCCAAACUGACUGGCUCAUCAACUGAGUCUGGCCUUUACCUGGCCUGGCAACAGAUGUCCGCCAUGAUAAUCAAGAGGAUCCAUCACUCCCGCCGCGACCUGAAAGGCCUUCUGACUCAGGUUCUGCUCCCUAUUUUGUUCGUGGUGUUCGCAAUGGGAUUGGCCACCAUCAAAAGCGACCUGCGGCACUAUCCCGAGAUGGAGCUGAGCCCCGCUCUCUACAACAUCGGACCAAGCUACACCUUCUUCAGAAACCAGGAUCCAAACUCCACACGGCUGGUCGACACCAUGAUGUCGUACCCUGGGAUUGAUAACGCAUGCCUGUCCAAGACCAGCAACCCAUCGUGCACUCAAGCCUCAAGUGCAUGGACUUCUUCAGGGAGCGGAGCCAAAACAUAUCGUGAAUGUAAAUGUGCCCGUGGGGAACAGGUCUGCGAUAACGACAAUUUCGUGCCUCCGCAUACGAAGCUGCCGUCGUCUCAGGUUGCUUACAACGUGACUGGUUUUGACGUUGAGAAGUACCUAGUGGGGACAACCAAUGACUACAUCAGAAACAGGUACGGCGGGUUUGAUUUUGGCAUGAGCCUCCCUCCUGACUUGCAGAUGGAUCUGAGAGGCGUCCCUGCAAACCGCACUCUAUCAAAGGUUUGGUUCAACCCUGAAGGGCACCACACUAUGCCAGCAUACUUGAACAGCCUGAACAACUUGAUCCUCCGUGCCAAUCUUCCUGCAGACAAGGAUCCACGUGAAUAUGCCAUCUCUGUUUCCAGUCAUCCCUACUUCGGCCGACCGGACGACGAGGACGCCAUUGUCCAAGGAAUGCUGCGGAUCAUGGUCGUGAUGUGCGUUCUGACUGGUUACGCGCUCACGACGGCCAGUUUUGCCAUCUACGAAGUCAACGAGCAUCACACCGGAGCCAAGAGGUUGCAGCACAUUGCCGGUAUCAGUGAACCCUUCUACUGGGCCGUUAACUUCCUUUACGACAUGUUCAUAUACAUGAUCCCCGUCGUCUUGACCGUCGCCGUGUUCGCGGCCUUCCAGGUCCCGGCGUUUACAGAUCGCCAAAAUCUGGCUGCCAUCACUCUGCUUCUGGUGCUGUUUGGAUUCGCCACCUUCCCCUGGAUGUACCUGGUAUCUGGCCUGUUCAAAGGAUCCGAGAUGGCCUUCAUCACCUACGUCUGCAUCAACCUGUUUAUCACGAUCAACACCAUCAUGCCGACCUCCAUAGUCUACUUUUUGGCAGAGCUUUCGAAAAAGAACACAGAGGACAUAAUGGAAAUCUUCAACAAGCUCUGCAACGCGUUCCUAAUCUUCCCUCAGUUCAGCUUCGGGAAUGGAUUGAUGCACUUGGCAAGGAUGAAUAUCCAGGUCCAGAUCCUCAGCGGAUACGGCAUCGAUGCCUAUCAGAGCCCUUUCUCUUCUGAUACUUUCCGCUGGAUGUUCAUCUCCUUGUUCAUCCAAGGCCUCUUCUUCUUCACUCUCCGCCUCUUGGUGAACAAGUCUUUGAUCCGCAAAGUCCGACGACUUGUGGUACGCAAGAGACCUCUGGCAAGCACAGAUCACGAGGAAGAGGAUGAGGAUGUGACGGCCGAACGCAUGCGUGUGGCGAGUGGGGCGGCGGAUUCGGACAUCCUGCAGGUCAACCAGCUCUCAAAGGUCUAUCAGCACUUCAACAAGAAGAAAGUCCACGCAGUCAAGAAGCUCUCGGUCGGCAUUCCUGCAGGAGAGUGUUUUGGUCUGCUGGGAGAGAAUGGAGCUGGUAAAACCACCACUUUUAAGAUGCUGACUGGUGAUGUGAGCCCCACUGAUGGAACUGCACAGAUCAAGGACCAGGACGGGAGGCUGGUAGACAUCAUGGAAUGCCGAGACAGGGGAAUAAACAUCGGAUACUGUCCCCAGGUGGAUGCACUGGACAGUCUGCUGACAGGAGAAGAGCAUUUGUACUUUUAUGCUCGCAUUCGUGGGAUCUCAAAGAGGAAUAUAGACGGGGUGGUGAACUACCUGCUCAAACGUCUGGGCCUCAACUCCUACCGCAGCAUCAUCACCGACGGCUACAGCUGUGGGACUCGCAGGAAGCUCUCCACGGCGAUGGCUCUUGUCGGACACCCUCAAAUCUUGCUUCUGGAUGAGCCCAGCUCAGGCAUGGACCCGAGGACCAAACGACACUUGUGGAAAGUCAUCUCAGAAGAAGUUAAAGGGAAGAGUGCCGUGGUGCUCACGUCUCACAGCAUGGAGGAGUGUGAGGCGCUGUGCAGCCGCCUUGCCAUCAUGGUGAAAGGUCAGUUCCGCUGCCUGGGCUCCCUGCAGCACAUUAAGAACAGGUUCGGUAGCGGGUUCACCGUGAAGAUGUACUUGGCUGAGGCACCCGGUGAUGUAGAGGCAAUCACUGGCUUCAUGCAGAGGCGCUUCCCCAGCACUUAUCUCAAGGAUCAGCACUCGUCAAUGGUGGAGUACCACGUCCCAGUUGCACCAGGAGGGGUGGCUGACAUCUUCGACCAGCUGGAGUCAAACAAAAAUGCUCUGCAGAUCAAACACUUCUCCGUGAGCCAGACCACACUGGACGAGGUCUUUAUCAACUUUGCCACGGGAAACAUCGGAAUGGACACAAUCGAUGAGGAAAACGAAUCAGACCUGGGCGCUGUUAAAUCGAUAGAUAUGUUGAAAUAAAAACAUGGCUUAUUCUC